UCAAUUUAAUCCCUUUUAAUUUAAUUUAAUUUAAUUUAAUUUACCAGUUCUCUAUCCAAAGAAUAAAACUACUCCGACUAAUAUCCAAAUGUAUCAAGUCCAACACCAUCCCUCCCAACCUCCUCCCCAGCCUCCUAUUCAACAAAACAACAACCCUCAUCAAAACACAACCACAAACAAUAAUAACAACUCAAACAACUCAAACAACAACAGCAACAACAGCAGCAACAACAACAACAACAACAACAACAACAACAACAACAACAACAACAACAACAACAACAACAACACAACCCUAAACAUCCCCUACUACAACUCCUCAAACAGUAACAGCAAUCCGAAUCUCAACAUCAAUUCCAACAAUGAUACCUUCACCACCUCUCAGCUUCCCUACUCCCAUCGACUAAGAAACCAACCCUCUAAUUCUUCCCAAUUAUCUUCUCCCCAAGACCAAAAAUACCAAAGAAAUAACAUAAACCAAAUAAAUCACUACCAAAUGAACCAAUCCCAAUCCCAAUCUCAACCCCAAUCGCAAAAUCUGCACCAAUACUACAACUCAUAUCCUCAAAACCACAGCCAAAUGCACUCCAUAAAUAACAACCAAAUCCCAAACAACUCCAGAAGCUUUACUCCCCCAAACAACAGUAUAACCAACAGCUACUACAACAGCACCAACGUAAACCCGUCCCUAAUAAACCAGCCUUAUAUCAACAUACAAAACAACAAUUACAUCGAUCAGCAAGAACAGCUAAUCAGAUCCUCCUUCAGAUCAAUGUCCCUAACCUCCACCUCCUCCUUCUCUUCCAACAGAAGACCCUUCCAACACAACUCUCCUGCUUCUUCUACCUUUCCAUCCCAGUCCCAGUCUCAACCUUAUCCACACCUGCCCCAUCAACUUCAGCCCCAACAACUGAUUAACUCCAAUUGGAAUAAUCCCGAUUCAACUAUCACCAACUCCUAUAACAAUUACAACUCAGCUUUCUCCUCUCCAAACAAUAUAAACACCUCCAAUACAAACCAAAAUAUGAACUCAAAUAACACUCCAAAUCCCACUUCUAAUAACACCUUGUAUCAAUAUCACCAUUCCCACCACCAACAAAAAACUUCCGGUGGUCGAAUAAUUCCUCAAAAAUUCGACUUUAUAUCAAUCUCUUCCAACAAUGAAAGCCCAAUUAAUAACACUCAAUUUCAAAAUGAAACCACCUUCAACAACAAUAAUAAUGACAACACUGUAAUUCCGCCCAAUUUCAACAUCAACAAUAACUCCUACAGUAAUAACAGCCUUAGUAAUUUCAACAAUCCUACGAAUUUAAACGCCAAUAACAGCAUCAACAAUCACAUCAGCAACAAUUCAAAUGACAGCAAUGAUAUUCUAAGUAAAAGCUCAACUUCAACUUCAAACUCGAAUUCAGGCUCUUCUAUAAAUUUGGCCUCAAAAUCAAAAUCUUUCUCCUCUGUUAAUAAAAUUCUUUCAAGAAGGCAAAAUUCAAAUAAUUUGCCCGACAGAUCGAUUUCUGCAUCAAACUUGACUUUGACCUCCAAACCAAUACUAACCACAUUUAAAAGACCUACAAUAUACCCUGCAUUGUUAUCAAAAGUCGCCAAAACUUUUAGAGAUAACAUUCAAAUUGGAACAAGAAAUAAAAACGGUUUGGAUUAUUUGGACGCCUUCACUGGUGCUGAAGCUGUUGAUGUCUUGGUAGCCAUUCUAAGAACGAAUGAUAGAAAAUUGGCUCUUUUACUAGGCAGAUCCUUAGAUGCUCAGAAAUUCUUUCAUGAUGCUACCUAUGAACAUCGAUUGAGAGAUUCUCACAAGGAAAUUUACCAAUUCAACGAUGUUAUCGAUGAAGUUCAACCUCCAUCACGACAGGACUCCUUUAAUGGAAAUGCAAGCUCAACAACCCUAACCGAUACCCCUUUAACUCAUUCAUCUUCUCUUUCAAAUCCCCCAAAGUCACCUGGAACCGCAAUAACUCAGUCGUCAGUUCCUGUUAAUGGAGUUCAUACUCUUCUAACAAAUUGUUACUCGCCGACGUGUAGACGUGACAAAUUAUGCUACUCAAUUGCAUGUCCAAAUAGACUUGAACAGCAAGCAAGACUACAUAUGAAACUUGGCGGGCUAAAAAGAAUAGAAAGCAAAGUUUCAAUCCACGAUCCAUCUGAAGAUACAAAAAAAUUGUGGUCCUGCUCUGUUUCAAAAUCUGUUCUAGACAGUGUUGAUGAAAAAGAGAAAAAGAGGCAAGAAUGUAUAUUUGAAACAAUCUACACUGAACGAGACUUUGUUAAAGAUUUAGAAUAUAUAAAAGAUUUUUGGAUACGACCACUAGUCAAUAGCAACAUCAUUUCUCCAAAAAUUAGAGCAAAUUUUAUUUCAACAGUUUUUAAUGGAGUAACAGAUAUCUUGAGUAUAAAUUCAAAAUUGGCCGAGGCUUUAACCAGGAGACAAAAACAACAGCCAAUUGUUCAUGAAAUUGGUGAUAUUUUCUUAGAAUAUAUCCCUCAAUUUAAACCAUUUAUAACCUAUGGCUCAGGUCAGAAUUUUAGUAAAUAUGAAUAUGAAAGACAAAAGACUAUCAAUAGACAAUUUGCUGAAUUUGUUGAAGAAACAGAAAGAUUAAAAGAGUCUAGAAAAUUGGAUUUAAGUUCUUUCUUGUCAAAGGCAACUACUAGACCUGCAAGAUAUCCAUUAUUGUUAAAACAAGUAUUAAAAAAUACCAAAGAUGAUAACCCCGAUAAGAAAAAUCUUGAAAUUGCUAUAGAAAUGUUACAAAAAUUACUAGAAAUGAUUAAUCUUGAAACGGGUCGAGCUGCUGAUAGAUUUAAUUUAGUAUUGCUAAAACAAAAACUAGUAUUUAGACCUGGUGAAUUUGUUGAUUUGAAGUUGACAGCAGAAAAUAGAAGAAUAUUAUUUCACGGAACUUUAAAGAAACGUAACCAAGAUAAAGAUAAUCAGGGUGAUGUUCAAAUCUAUAUUCUUGACAAUAAUAUUUUGUUUGUUCGCAUUAAAACAGUAAAUAAGGCUGAACAUCAUAAAGUUUUUCAAAGACCAAUUCCUAUUCAGUUGGUAAGAGUAAUUGCUUCCGAAGUUGUUCCUUCCUUCAGAGAAAUUGUUUCCAGGGAUUUGGAUAGAACAGUUUCUAAUCCUAUCACACAAAAGGGAUCUAUUUUGGGCUCACAAUCUAUAAAUUCGAGUAUUUCAAAAAGUUCCACUACUAGUUCCUCUUUAUCAAACAUUAAUGGUCGUGCUAAUACACUAUUAACUGCAUAUUCUACCACAAAAUUUCCAAUUUCCUUUUCUUAUAUUGGUAGACGUGGGUAUGAUUUGACAUUAUAUGCAACGAAUUUAUCUAGACAGAAAAAUAUUUUGGAAAAAAUUGAGCAGCAACAAAAACACUUGAAAGAAUCCAACGAUAUUUUCACAUUGAUAGCUUUAACUGAUAAGCAUUAUGAUUUUGUGACCAAUAAAAUUAAUUGCGGUAUUCCAGUGGAUGGUGGCAGACAAUUGCUUUGUGGAACCGAUUCAGGUAUUUAUAUGUCAUUUAUCAGAAAUUGUGUUAGUGGAAAUACCCAUUCUAGAGUUGUUUCUCAACCAGUUAAAAUUAUUGAAAAACCAAAUGUUACACAGGUAGAAGUUAUUGAAGAAUACCAUACUCUUUUAGCAUUAUGCGAUAAAAAAUUACUUUCUUGGCCAAUGGAUGUAUUAAAGACAUUUGAUGUUUCGAGCAAUACCAAAAAGGCUAAAGAAUUAUUGAAUCAUGUUUCAUUUUUCAAAGUUGGUGUUUGUAAUGGUAAGAUGUUUGUUUGCGCAGCAAAGAAUGGAUCUAGUCAUUCGAUUAAGAUAUUUGAACCAGUUGAUCCAGAUCCAAAAAAGAAAGUUUCUAAAAAGAAGUUCAAAAGUGAUGCUCAAGAGGUUCUGUUUACUUCUGAACCUGUGUCUAUAUCAUUUUUGCAGUCUAAGAUUUGUGUUGGUUGCACAAAGGGAUUCCAAGUUGUUUCACCACAUAAUUCAGGUGGCAACCUUCCAGUACAAGAGCUAUUGGAUCAAGCAGAUAGUUCUUUGGAUUUUGUGAUUAGAAGAGAGGGGUUAAAGCCAUUAGCAAUUUUUAAAUUACAUUCUGGAUUUUUAAUCAAUUAUUCUGAUUUUUCGUUUUAUGUUAAUUCAUUAGGUUGGAGAACGAGACCAGGUUGGAUUGUUCACUGGGAAGGUAUAUCAAACGCAUUUGCACUUUGGUUUCCUUACUUGUUGGCAUUUUCUAAUAAUUUUAUUGAAAUAAGGAAUGUUGAAACAAGUGAAUUAUUAAGGGUUAUUUUAGGAGAAAAUAUUAGAUUAUUACAUUCCAAUUCACAAGAAAUACUAUAUGCAUACACAGAUAGUAGAAACUGCGAUGUUGUUGCAUCAUUAGAUUUUUGGGCAAAAUUAAACAAAUAUCCUUAAAUAAACUGGAAAUUAUAUUAUGCUGUUUUUUUAUUAUUAC